AUCAAACCGUGAGAUCAUCACUCUUUCCACUCAUCGGAUGGUGGUCCGCCUCUCUGUAACAUACACACUCUCUCUCUCUUACUCAUACACUUUCCCUAUUGAGGUUUGUGUGUGUGUGCACAAAAGAGCAGAGGAAAUGAAAGUGUGAAAUAUAUAAGGUUGUGUAAAGAGUAGUUUCAGUCAGUGUCUGUCUGCAGCUAUGAUGAGGUCUCUUGUCUGUCUUCCUUUCUGCCUGGUGCUGUUUCUGUUCUGCCAUACUUCAGAAACAAGUCAGCGUUCUUUAAAUUGCUGUUUGAAGACGGGCACUGACAAAAUACCUGACAACAGAGUGGUGGAUUAUGCAGACCAGAAAGCAGGACUUUGCCCUAUCAAUGCUGUUGUCUUGUGGACUACAAGAGGCAAAGCAAAGUGUUAUGAACCAGGCUCGGAGUGGAUCGAAUGCAUUAAGAGUAAGGUGGACCAGAAAAAAAUGUCAAAACAAACCUCUGAUCCAACAGCUGUGCUAAGCCAAAAUAAAAAACAAAAAAAUGGAAAGGGAUGCAAAAAGAAACAAAUUUCUUUAUAAUCUUUUUUUUUUUUUUUUUUAAAUGUUUUUGUAUUGGUUGACCUGUGCCAACUGACAUAAGCUUAAAUUUAUGAGGUAUAAAUAAGUAAAAUUAAGGACUCUUUCAUGCUGAAUGUUGACUCUCUCAUUUGAAAUGAAUUUAUUCUGCUUCACAGAUUUUAUUUUCACUUAUCAAGAAUGUAUUGUUUGUAUUCAGUAUUUUUGUAGUUAAAAAGAAUGAAAUGCUAUAAAAUAAACACAUUGUGCAGAUUUUA